UCAGAGUCUAUAAAGCCCUCGGUCGAGCAUAAUAAAAUGUGGAAGCGGAACAUCACACAACCCAACUUAAAAUCGCAGUAAUGGCCCAGGCCACAGUACUGGAUGCACAGUAUUAUCUGCCUUUGCAGUGGAUUGAUACACAGGGAAUUCUUCUCUUCCUGAGUGCUCUGUUGCUGGCAAAGUACCUCAGCAAACUACCCCAAAAGGAGCUCCCUCCUGGACCCUUCCCUUUGCCCUUCAUAGGAAACCUGUUGAGCAUUAGCGUCGAGGACCCAGUCAGCUCGAUGUCUCGGGUUGUAGAUACCUAUGGGGAUGUGGCCAGGCUUGACCUUGGACAUAAACGCUGUUUGAUUCUGUCUGGAUAUAAGGGCUUUAAAGAGGCUUUUAUUGAGAAAGCAGAUGCCUUCCCAGAUCGUCCUGCUUUCCCUCUAAACGACAGACUCUGCAAAGGCCUGGGCUUGAUUUUUUCCAGUGGACACGUGUGGAGGCAGCAGAGACGCUUCGCUCUGUCUACACUUAAGUAUUUCGGUGUUGGGAAGAAGACCCUGGAGAACUCCAUCCUGGAAGAGAGCCAGUUCCUCAGUGAUGCAUUUCAGGCAGAGCGAGGCUCCCCUUUUGAUCCCCAGUGUGUAAUGAACAACGCGGUGGCCAACAUUGUGUGCACUCUGGUGUUUGGCCACAGAUUUGAAUAUGAUGAUGAGCAUUUUCAUCGGAUGCUCAAGUGCGCUGAGGAGAUUAUUCAGCUGCCGGCAACUUUCAGCGGUCGGAUGUAUAACGAAUACCCAACACUGAUGAGUUUCCUGCCCGGAAAGCACCAGUCAGCCUUUUCAAGUAGUAAGAAGGUAAAGGCGUUUAUCAGAGAGGAGGUGAAGAAACACAAGGAAGACCGGAAUCCAUCAAGUCCUAGAGACUAUAUUGACUGUUACCUUGAGGAAAUAGAAAAGAACAAGGAUGAUGCUGCCGGGUUCACUGAGGAAAAUCUUCUUUGCUGUGUGGUGGAUUUGUUUGUGGCUGGAACUGAAACAACAUCCAACACUCUAAGAUGGGCACUGCUGUACAUGGCCAAAUAUCUUGAAAUUCAAGAGAAGGUCCAGGCUGAGAUAGACAGAGUGAUUGGACAGUCGCGCCAGCCCACCAUGGAGGACAGAGCUGACAUGCCCUACACUUAUGCUGUGGUCCACGAGAUACAGAGAUUUGCCAACAUAGUUCCUUUCGCACCACCUAGAGUGUCUAGUAAGGAUACUACCUUAGCUGGAUAUCGAGUGCCCAAGGGAAUGAUGGUGCUUCCGAUGCUGCAGCAAAUAUUACACGACAAGGAUGUAUAUGCCACUCCCAAUCAGUUUAACCCCGAACAUUUUCUGGAUGAAAAUGGAAAAUUUGUGAAAAAGGAAACUUUCAUCCCUUUUUCCAUAGGCAAAAGGAUGUGCCCAGGUGAACAGCUUGCACGGAUGGAGCUGUUCCUGUUUUUUACAUCAUUGCUGCAGAGGUUUACUUUCUGUCCUCCAAAGGGACAGGAGCUAAACCUCAAAACUCAGGUUGGCAUCACAUGUGGACCAAAGCCUUUCAAAAUACGUGCUUUGCCCCGCUGAAUACCACAAAUGCACUGAUAUCAAAUGUGGAUAUUUGUAUAAUCACAAUUCUAAUUCUUCACUAAUUGCACACCUAGGCUGUUCCAUUAUGUGUUUCAGCUUUUCAGCUUUUGUGAAUUGGAGGGGUGCUAAUAUAUCCCUCAGUCUUCCUACUCUAACACAAUGAUUACUAUUUUGCGUUACAUGAGGUUAGUUGUCUGGGAUGAUUCAAACUAGCCUGCUUUGUUGACUUCACAUGUCAAGAAGUUGCUGUUAACUUUUGUCCUUCCACACUCCACAGUUUUAUUUCAUGCAAAGCAUCUGAUUGGCUAUUGUACUGUCUGUCAUAUACAUCUGUGGGCAAGUGCAAGAAAAGGCAUGUCCUGUGCCAGUUAUAUUGGGGGUUACAUUGUUUUGUUGUUGAAUCAUGGGUAAGUUAGACCCAACGCUGAACUACAGCUAUCUCAUUUCUGAUGUAGUGUACAGAAAAGAAAUGGGUUGACCCUUUCAAAACUGAGAGGAAGAGCAUGCUGUAUCUGUAUGGCAAUAUGUAACUUAAUGUGCAACCAAAUCUGUACUAUUAUCAAGGAACCCCUUUACUGGUAACAAUGAGUGCCUGCAUGAACAUAGUGUGUCAGGACCUGAGUUUAAUGCCUCAUCAGAAAGAUGUCCAGCAGCACAGUGUCCCCAUUACUGCACUGGGGCAAUAUUUUCUAAUGCUUGGUCCAGUAGGAAAGACAAAACCAACCCACUCCCAACAGCACCCUGGUAUUCCCAGGAGAUCGUCUAUUCAAGUUCCAGCCAAGUCCAGCCCAAUUUAGUUUCAGCCUUUAAGCAGGGUGUUACAGGUUGGUAUCGGUAUUGGACAUUGCUUUGUGGACAGCCCCUGGGAUGGUAGUUUUCAGUGAAUUCUAGCAAAUGCUAGAACUGCAAAUGGCCAAGGUGGUCCUUAUGAAGAAAAGGACUAUAUUUUUGUAUGGAGAAAAUCCCAGAAUAUCAGUAUACUGUUUUGCCUAUCACAUCACUCCAGUCACAAAACAAUAAGAAUGAUGCCAUCAUUUAUUCUUGGGUAUGAUGGUUUGUUAUUUUCUCUUAAAAAGACAGGUGUAUUAAAAGAUACAAAUACCAUUAUCAUAUGCAUAACAGUAACAAGGACCAUUUUCUCACCAGUCAGUAACUCCCUUUAUAGCUUUAUUUGUUUUACUUGAAUAGGCUAUAUUAAAAGGCACAAGGUAAAAAAUGUCAUUCGUUGGGGGUUAUAGUGAUGACUAUGUAUUAUUAAAAAGAGGAGAAGAGCCAUGACCUUCUGCUGUCAGUGCUGUGCAGAGUGGAAUGGAACAAACCUUAUGUGGGAGGGGAUUCCAAAGCUUAUGCAGAUGUUGAAGCCAGUCAUUACAUUACUGGCAUUUAGCAGAUGCUCUUAUCCAGAGUGACUUACAUAAGUUA